AGCUUAAUAAAUACGUACAUGGAGGAUGAUUGGAUGUAAUACUACCAACGCCGAUCGUCGGCCUCGCUCGCUCUCUCUCCCUGUCUCCACUGAAAGUGCAGGAUCAGAGGUUAUGAAGUUGCAACCGGAUCUGCUUUCUGUGGAGCCUAAAUUAGAGGGCUUGAUUUGUGAAGUAACUAUAAAUAAAGAAGUUGAACUGCCACUCACAAAACAAAUGCAGUUGUGUAAUGAGAAACGGUACUCUGGGAUCACGGACCCUGGGCAUGAGACAUAUCUUUCUACAUCAAGAAGUUUACAACUACAGUUGGAUAGACUCUCUCUUCCAAUAUUGACCGGAAAAAAUAUUACAGGAGAGAAUAAAACCCCUAUUGGAAUAGUUUUAUAUGACGUUCGCACAGGACAAGUUGUUGACUCUGGCCCUGAAGCCUCAGCUACUGUGGAAGUAGUAGUUCUUGAGAAAGAUUUCUAUGGUCAUGAUUGGUCACUUGAAGAGUUCAAUAGUAAGAUUGUCUGGAAACGGGAAGGAGGAAAAACUCUUCUCGUUGGAGAUGUUCAUGUUAAUCUUAAGGAAGGUGUUGGCUCCAUUGGCGACAUUCACUUCAGCCAUACCAAACGCUGGAUGAAAAAAAUUGAAUUCAGGCUUGGUGCGAGAACUGUGGAUUGUGCUCUUGGACACAAAGUAAGAGAAGCAAAGACAGAGUCUUUCUUUGUUAGGGAUCGCCGUUUAGAAUUGUGCAAGAAGAACCAUCCCCCAUCUCUAUCUGAUGCAGUCUGGAGAUUGGAAAAGAUUAACAAAGAUGGAGCUUUCCACGACCGUUUGAGCAAGGAAAACAUUAAUACCGUGAAGGAUUUCAUGACUCAGUUCUACAUGGACCCUCUUAGGCUAAAACAGAUCCUUGGCACGGGUAUGUCUAAUCCGAUGUGGAAAGUUACUGUAAACCAUGCUCAGACGUGCAUACCUGAUCCAAGGUUGUACGUCUACUGUCCUGGAUCUCAGCAGAAAACCUGUGUGGUCUUCAGUGUUGUGGGACAAGUGAUGGGACUUCUUUCGGAAUGCCAAUAUACCCGUCUUGAUAAGCUCUCUGAAACUGAAAAGGGGGACGCCCAUAACAUGGUAAUAGCUGCAUUUAAAAACUGGGAGAAAGUUGACUCUUUCGAUGAUGAGGCCUUGCUUAUCAAUGCCUCAGCACACUUUUUCAGUAACAUUCUGCACGCCAACUCAACUGACAUUAAGGUUUUAACUUCUGAAGAUGUUGGCGGAUUCGAUUGUCCACAAGUAAGUGUAUGUUCUCCAGAUAGCAAUCCAUCCGUUUAUUCCAUGGGAGGUGUGAAUAGAAGGGAUGAUUUCAAUUUUCUUGAUAUCGACCAUUUGGAUCCUGUAUACAACGAAACUUGGAAUUUCAAUGGUGAAGUUGCCAACUCCCUAGGUGCUGGUUAUUCCUUCCAAUCUGGGAAUUCUUGUUUGGGGCCUGAUUUACAGAGUGUUGUCGAUCGAUUCUCUGUGGCUUUUGCUCAGAGGAAUUGGACGAUGUUAUCCAGCGUGCUGAAGUGGUUCUCAAUACGGAAGGAUUCUGCCCGAGAAAACCCAUGUCAGAAGAAAGCAAAGACUUUGUUGAUUGGCGGCCCCGAAAAAAUAAAAUUAUUUUCAUAGAAAAUUGCAAGUUUCUUUGUAGUAUGUGCUGCCAUAAUCGUGUGCAUUUGUAGAGUCGGAGGAAGCUUUUUGGUUGCCGUGUAGGAUAUAUAGUACUCCUUCCGUCCUUUUUUAAAUGUCCUACUUCGUAACUCCAACUUAUUAAAAAAAUAUUAUCAUUAUACUUUUCA